CCCCCCAAAAUUCACCCAAAACUUGCCAAACCAACUCUAAUUUGCAAAACUUAAUUUCUGCCAUAUCCGUUCACUUUUCUUUCUUCAUUCUUUUAUCAGCUCAUAAAACAAAAAAAAAAAAUGUCAAACUACACUGUGGAGUACACAACCGUAGAAACUACCGACGCAGUAAAGCUUCACACAAGACUAUUCAAACCUACACAAGACGAGAUCAAAGACAAUUUAGUAAUUGUUUUAGUCCAUCCGUACACAAUUUUGGGCGGUUGCCAAGCUCUUUUGAAGGGAAUUGCAGUUGGGUUAGCUGGGAAAGGCUAUAGAGCUGUGACCUUUGAUAUGAGAGGCGCUGGUCGGUCUACUGGCAGGGCUUCGAUCACUGGUUUUGCUGAAAUUAAAGAUGUGGUUGCUGUCUGUAAAUGGGUUUCGGAUCAUUUGGAUUCUGAUAGGAUUUUGAUUGUGGGUUCUUCUGCAGGUGCACCGAUUGCAGGUUCUGCAGUAGAUGAGAUUAAGGAAGUCGUUGGAUACGUGAGUUUGGGAUACCCAUUUGGUAUGAUGGCAUCAAUCCUUUUUGGGCGACAUCACAAAGCUAUCUUACGAUCUCCAAAACCAAAACUCUUUGUAAUGGGAACUCGAGAUGGUUUUACGAGUGUUAAGCAGCUGCACAGCAAGCUGAGUUCUGCAGCAGGACGAGUUGAAACACAUCUAAUCGAAGGAGCAGGGCACUUUCAAAUGGAAGGCCCCGCUUAUGAUACUCAGAUGGCCAACCUCAUCGUCACGUUUAUUGCAUCUUUAUAGGAUUUCUCAAGAUGUAACCAUUCAAGGAAAGCAAGGAAAUAGAGGAUUUGGAAAUUAAAAAUAGUUUUUCUGUUGUUUUUUUUCAGUAUACUUUACAUUAAAUCAUAUUAAAAUUACAAUGAAAACUACCCUCUACUAGUAAUUAAUAAACACAAGGCCAAGGGAAGCACUUGGCUGGUCAGUAUAUCUAUCAAUUCUAUGAUACAAUCAAGCUCAAAAACUGCAGUAAGCCUAAUAUAAGCAACACCAUCAGCAUCAAAAUCUUCUAUCAUUUCGUCAGUAAUACAUUUGAUGAUAUGAUCAGCUUCUCCAUCUUCCAUCUCUCUCCAUUGAUUGUUCUUGAGAAAAUAGAUCCCUUUUCUCAUCUGCUUUUAAGUCAAAACAAGUGAAAUUUUACUUAUUUAUAUAGGACUCGAUCGCUUCAAUCAACAAUCAAUAAAGCCAAUCAAUUUCUUGUUUUUCAAGUAAUAAUCCAACGGCCGAGAGAGACUAAGAUAAGCCCAACAUGGCAUCAAGAUUUGUAAGAAUUAGAUUAUUCCAUCUGAUAGACAAAUCAGGUUUGAGGAUGUCCCAAUAUCUUGCGCUCUAAUAGAAACAAAUACUAGUAAAAUGGUAAUAAUUGUACACGGCUAUUACAGGUUAAAUCUGAAAGUUAAAAAAAACUACAAUUAGAUGAUUUGAUUAUACAACAGAAGAGGGGGUAUCUUUUAUUGAACUUUGAUAUUAUAAACAUGAUUAUGUGCAAUUAGUUAUUACCACUUUCACCGUCAGAUGCAUCUUCAAGCCUAGCAAUUGCAUCGAUGAGGGCUCGUUCGUGUUCCUGCAGGAUAAAAAAUUAUAAAUCAUGAAGCAAAUAAUCGUACACCAAAAGAAUACAAGAAUACUUGGUUCUUACUUUCAGCACUUUCUUUGCCUUCUCAAUUUCCAUUGGAUCUGGAUGGUUGGCACCAAAAAGUUUUUCCACCUGUUUUAAUUCUACAAGUUAGGCAACUCUUUGCUUUAUUACAGUUUGCUAGGAUGCUGUGGCAUUAUUCUUACCUCUUUAAUGAGAGUAUCAGUAUGAAGUAUCUCAAUAUCACCUAAAACCCUCUUUCCGAUACCGUUCUGUGCCAAUGGGAUAUCUUUUCUAGAUUGCCCCUUUGUGUUUCCUCUACCUCUUCCAGCACCAUUGAAUCCUCCACCGCGUGCCAUAACCUUCUUAUUUCCACGGCCUGGUCCAGGCCGGCCACCUCUAUGAGGAAUUCCUGGAUCCUCCUCACCCCACCUAAUGUCCUCUGGCGAAAUCUGCCAAUUAUCAUAUUUAAGAUCAAUAAGAAGCAGAAAUAUUUUUUACCAUAAAAAUAAAUUCUGGAGAUGAAUUCUAGAUCCAAAGCUAAGAGUGAGAUAGGCUGCCGAGCAAGAAGAAAUUAUUUAUAUGUUUAUCUUUUAUCCUGACAAUACAAUAAUUCAGUAUUACUACUAUUCAUCGCAUUAUCAAGACAAAAUUAAUACCCAAAAUGGUGAACCCAUAACAAAAUUCAUCACAGUAAUUUUUGUAAGUGAAACUCCCUUCCAUCUUUAUCCCCAAACAAAAGCUAGUGAGUUUGCACAUUAACAUUUAUACCAAGUACAUAGUUUAAUUCCAAUGCAUAUAUGGAUUUAAAUUUUGUAUGACAUGGAGUAAACAACAGAGAUUGGUUUCUAACACAUCCUCACUCUGCUAACGGUUAAUUUUGGUGUUAGGGCUUCAAAUUGCAUUACAUGAAUCAUAAGGUAGAAGAAACAUUCUAUUAUACUUAUGUAUAAAGAACAACAUAAGCGAAAAUAAAGGUAAACUAAGCCAUGCAAAGUUACUAUUCAGUGGCAGCAGUUUUUACCUCUUUAAGAUCAACCGAUUCCCAAGUUUCAUCUGGCGUGCCCUUAUCAUAAAUCAAAACAUGCCUCCCCUGUCAAUUUGUGGAAAAUGGUCAUGUUCAGAAGAAACCAACAAUAACAGGAGAACUGCAUGGUAACAGGCAAAUAAAUAUACCACAUGGGGUUCAUAUUUAUAGAUAAAAGCCUGAUAGAAGUUAUUAUCUUCAGGCCAACGUGUCCAAAUUGUCUUCCCAACCAAUGGAUCGUUAGUGGCAGUUUCUGCAGGUUCAUUGGCGGCAAAUGGACCUGAAGAAUUCCUAUUAACAGCUUGGUCUCUUCCAGUCAAACCUGCAGAAGAGUACUGCAUGGACUUCAUUGAAGGUGCAGCAAACAAUUUCUUGAAUUGAUAAGAAACUCAAGUAAGGAAAAGAGACACAAAUAAAUUCAUCUUCCAAAUACCGCAAUACUAUUUGACUUACUGAUUUAGGCUUCUUGCUUCUAGGUCCAGGUGCAGGACCCCGUCUCAGAGUUGAUGAAGAUGGUUCCAUGGAUGGCAAUGCAGGAGAAGGUGCACCCAUAGACUGUGAAGCAACCGACUGCAAUGUUUUCUGUUUCUUCCGUGAUGCUGAAACAGUAGGAGCAGGCUGGGCUGUGCUUGGCAUGCUGGGUGGGAGCCCAUUUGUCUUUCUCCAUUCCCUAGCAUUAUAAUUUGGUAUAUUUUCCCGAUCAAAACCAAAAUUACAAGUUGUUAGAUUUUAAAAAGAGCUACUUAGCAAAACCCAUGAAAAGUGUGGACCUUAUACGGCGGAUGGUGUCAUCAGUAUUAACCCGACUCAAGUGCUCCCUGUGCUCCUCAUCUGAUACCCUUAGCUCUUUCCUGAGUUCUGUAAUUAAACUCUCCUUUUCCUGGAAAAGAAGAGUGAAGAGACCACUCAAGUUCAUUGAAUUUAAUAGUAGAAGGUUAAAAUGAUGAGAAGCGUCAAUUAGAUACCCAAGUGAGGGCGUCAGAUUGGGCUAUAAAUGCCCGCAGAACCGAAGUGUACGCUUCUUGCUCAAUGUUGUGUAUUUGAGUUUCCAUAUCAUUAUGCAGCCUAGGUAUCAAAGCAGAACCAAGAACUGCAGGUCUUCCAUUCCCAACAGGCCGUACUCCACUUUGAAAUCUAUUUCGGUGUGGUGGUGGAAGGUCAUCGUCAGUUCCUGCCAUUACAAUAAUGAAGAACACGUAAUUUUACACUUUUCAUACAAGAUAGAUCGUAAAUGAAGGUAACAAUCCCUACUGUUGAAAACGUACACGAGACGAUAUACUAAAAAGCAUUUCAAGGUUUAAAAAUAAUUUAAGAGUAUCAAAUUCAAAUCAAGUAACUGUGUAAAUUGAACCUCAAGAUCUAUGCAGCACCGAACACCAUCUUACAACUCCAUUAUUUACUUAAUGCAAGAGUGAAAUGCUGCCAUCUAUUUUUUUAUAUUCUGCCCAAAACUAUACAUUUAUGUAGCUAAGAAAUAUUGCAAAAAGCAAUGCAAUUCAUGACAUAUCUAGCUAUUUAACAGCUUCAGGGUGUUACUGCAUCAAUUCAGAAAACUUCCCGUAAGACAAGUUAUCUUAUUAUGCUCUUCUUUUCCAGUUGCUUAGUUCAGUGAUUUCUUCUGAGAUCCCUCCUAAGAAAAAGAACUGUUACCUUUCUAAGUGCAACGAAGAAUUGAGAUCACAAACUACCUCAACCACAUCCCGUAUUACCAAAACUCAGCUAGAAUCUAUUUCCCACAUAAAAUCAGGUUUGAUGAAUAUAACCCUAGAUAUUUUGAGUUAGAUAACAUCAAAUUACUGCAAUUUCCAGCCCAUCUUCCCUACAUCAUCAAAAUAUUAGACUUAGAGCAAUCCAGCAGUGUUCUGUCAAAACCAAUUUUUCAGUUUUCAGCCCCUAUGCCAAGAAAAACAGACAGUGAAAAUUGUAACGAUAAUUGAACAAUUCACCUGGUUAGAACCUCAAAUAUCCUAGUUAAUAUUUGUUACUUUGACUAAUGAAACACACACUAAAACAAAAUUUAUGAAACUACAUCAGGGAAAGUAUCCGCAGAUUAUAUUGUAAUAGCAAUUGAACAAUUCAUCCGUAAGGACCUGAAAUAUCCUAGUUAAUAUUUGCUACUUUGACAGAUAAAACAAAUCAUACAAAAACAAAAUUUUACGAAACUACAUUACAGAAAGCAUUAGCAGAUUAGGUAAAUAGUGAAGAAGAAAAACCCUAAAUCAACUCACCACUGCUAUCAGAAAGCUCAUAGUCCAUUUUAGCUCUUCCAAAUCAAUCUGUUCAACGCUGUUGACACUACCAAUAGCCCCAAAAAGCAAUUAAAAUCCUCAGAAACCCGAGCAA